AUGAGUUACGACCGCGCUAUUACAGUGUUUAGCCCUGAUGGGCAUCUUUUCCAGGUUGAGUAUGCGCAGGAGGCUGUCCGCAAGGGACUGUGCGCUGUCGGUGUUCGUGGAAAAGAUAGCAUCAUCUUCGCCGUGGAGAAGAAAUCUGUGCAGAAGCUGCAGGACAGCCGCACCAUCCGCAAGAUCUACAAGGUGGAUGAACACAUUUUUCUUGCCUUCGCCGGCCUUUCUGCGGAUGCCCGCGUGCUGGUGAAUCACGCCCAACUCGAGUGCCAGCGCUUCCGACUCAACUACGAGGACGCGAUGGACGUUGAUCUUCUCGUGCGGUAUCUCGCGAAGGUGCAGCAGCGGUCCACGCAGUCGCGCGGGAGUCGGCCGUACGGCGUCUCCACCAUCGUUGGCGGCUUCACCGAGAAGGGACAGCCGCAGUUGUGGAAGACCGAUCCGUCCGGCAUGAGUUCCGCCUGGCGUGCCGUCGCCAUUGGCCGAAACGACAAGGCCGUGAUGGAGUUUAUGGAGAAGAACUACCAAGAUGAUAUGACACGCGAUCAAUGUGUGCACUUUGCAAUUAAAUCCCUUCUGGAGGCGGUGGAAAGUGGAUCGAAGAAUAUUGAACUCAUGGUGCUGGAGAACAAGAAGGCGUCGUACAUGACAGACACAGAGCUGCACAAGUUUGUUGUCGAGGUAGAGAAGGAGCGCGAGGAGGAGGCGGCAAGAAAGAAGCGUCUUGCUGAAGAAGAGUGA